AUCUUCAGCGAAAGAAGAAGAAGAAAUAUGGCGUAGUGUGAUAGGCGUUUCAACAAAACCACAUCUGACCUGAUCCAAACGUCAAGGCGGGAACAGCUCCAGACUCACCUGUGACCUCCCAAUUAGACAACAACAAUGGCGGCCAAAAUAUCCCUUUACACGCCAUUCCAAAUUUUGCUCACCGCACUUCUGACAUACGGGUACCCAUCAUCAACCUCAUUGUCCGCCUCAUCAAUGUCAUCUUCGUCCUCUUCGUCCUCCUUAGAAUUUAACCAAGAAAGAAGCAGCCAGGGCGGAUGCCAAAGCAUCACGGUCCCGCAAUGCUCUGCGGUGUACUCUCUGACCCAACUACCAAACGUCUAUGGACACUACACCCAGGACGAUGCUGACAAAGCCAUGACCAGCUACCUAGUGGGAAAAAUUGCAGACAACAACGGGCUGGUCAACACGUUUUUGUGUGUGUUGUAUCUCCCUCCGUGCUCCGAGGAUAUAAAAGUGUCGUCUAGCGGCAAGGAUUUCCCUUUGCCCUGCAGAUCUAUGUGCGAGACAGCUUUGGCCGAGAGUCCGGACGACGGGGGUCAUUGGCCUGUGGGGUGCCACAUGCUUCCCACGGAGAAUUGUUAUAGCUAUGAUGGCAUUGGCGGUGUGACCUUCCUGAAGCAAUCGCUCAAAGCCACACCCACGUACCCGUCUCAUCAGGACGACAUCGCUAGCUUCGCGCCAUUGGACAUUGAACUGGGCAAUGAUGACGGUUACGAGGUCGAGGUCGUUUCCUUGACAUCCAAUCAGAUCCCAGUGCGGCGCUAUGACAUUGCUGACCUCGGCGACCCCGAGUACUUCCGGGGCUGGGCAGACGUACAAGGCAAAGGUUCUGCUAACGAUUACUGCCGAGUGAUCGGCAAGGGCAGGCGGAGGUUCCUCUCCUGCAAUCUGGCGGGAAGUACAGGUCAAGGUCACCACUACGUUUCCAAGCUGGGCUUUGAAGCGGGCUUCAACAAUACCUGGUACAUGAGGGAUAUGGACGGAGACGGCAGGGAUGACUACUGCAGAUGCACGGGCAGCCAGAAACACAACAACAACAGAGUGACGUGCAUGAAGGCCGGGGAGAAAGGUUUCUACGGCAGUACUACACAGGGUGGGAGCCAGUACACCUACUCCCUGCCCGGCUCUGUGGGCUGUCACAACAGGGUCGUCAACCCUAACUUUGGGGAGUGACAGAAUGGCUCAACACAGAAAGAUGGAAGAGGCGGACGGUGAUUUGAUCACAGUUUGGGGAUGGUCACAGAGCCACUUUAGUGAAAGGCAUGAUAUUAAAGAUUUCACGCAAGGAAAGCCUUAGGAAUCAAAUCCUCGAUUUGCCACUGGGCGAUGACAAAAUUAUUAUGAUUAUUAUUGUUACUAUUCCUGUUGUUGUUGUUGUUGUUGUUGUUGUUGUUAUUGUUGUUGUUGUUGUUGUUGUUGUUGUUGUUGUUGUUGUUGUUACUGUUUUAUUUCAAAUGUGCGCUGUUGUUGGUUCUGAUUUUGUUGUCGUUGUUCUUUGUAUAUAUGUGAGGGCCUACACGUUUUGACAAUAGAGAAUUCUGCUCGGCCCCACCUGUUUGAAAAGUAGGAGCUUUCUUUCUAAGGUGCAGAUUGUUGAGGUACAGCAUCUGCACGAGAAAGUCUAGCACACUAAGUCAAAUCUGUGUCUUAGAAAGAUGAGCAGUGUGCUUGGAUUCAUUACAACAAAAAAGGUUUGUCUUAGGGUGCGGCCGUAGUGCGGCAGGUUUUCUGCUACAGGUUGACAUGCAGAUGCCCGCUUUGAGAAGUGCCUUAUUUUGUUUAUUUCGAAACCGUCCGGAGUUAACGCGUGUUACCAGCGGUUGUUACGGGCAACCCGCGCAGGCAAUUUUACUGGAAUGACUUAGCUAUUCUUUCCCGCCACCAGUAUUAAAAGUUUAAAAAUGAUUUGUUUUUUAUCCUACUUUAUGUUGUUCUUGUUAAAUGAACUUUGGUCUAUAGUGACUAUACAUUUUGGCUGGGCAGUGACUGUUCU